GUAGGAUCUGUGACGAUGUAGCGCGUUCGGAAACUUGCUCCACCAACAUCUGGUUUCGUUUAUUAGAUUGCCUUGAUCUUACGCUUGUUUCAUUGCUGAUUUUAUCUCUUGCUUUUAUUACUGGACUUACACAUUGUUCCCCAAACUCCAACAUACAGCUUGCCUUCAGGCCUGAGUCAAACUUACCAAGGAUUACGGAGCGUAUAGUAAUGGGUUUUACAUGGUGAUAUGGGGUCAAAUGAUGAGAAGCUAUUUAACGUCUCAUUUACUCACCGGAUCAUUGCUUCUUCAGUUGGUGGAAUAAUGACAGCGUUUGUCAUGACACCUCUUGAUGUCGUAAAAAUCCGAAUGCAGGUAGCGAUAAGCACAGCCUCUAAUUUUUGAUAGUCUCCCAAGACAUACUCUGAAAACAAGUGUCUUGUUUAUUGUAAUGGACUAGCCGAACGCCUCUCCACCUGUUCGUUGAGCUGUAACACCUGUUCUGUGUCUUGGUCCGAACGUGCUAUGAAGUAUGCAGGGAGGUGGAACUUAUCUACAUCAAACGAAACACAUUGUUGUUCCACAUGCAUUCCUCAUUAUAAUAACCCAUAUUUUGUUUCAUUCUCCCGCCGCUCCCCUAGCGUCUCAGAUACUGUUUUCAAAAUUAUUCGCAAUGAAGGUAUUUUAUCUCUUUGGAGUGGACUCUCUCCUACACUGGUUAUGACACUUCCUCAAACUGUUAUCUACUUCACUGUCAAUGAUUGGCUAAAAUAUCAUGUGGGAUAUACUUCCAAGACUAUCAACAAAUCACCAGUUAUGACAAGUGAAUCUUCUCAAAAAUUCAUUUCCCCUAAAGAUUUCCUCCCUCCAUUAGUUGGAGGUGUAUCUCGAAUUUUCGCGGUAAUGGCUGUAUCACCAAUAGAAUUAUUACGUACAAAAAUCCAAGCUAGGAAAGUACUCUACCGAGAUAUAGCAGCGUUAGUCGUCACAACAGUGAGACAGGAUGGUUUGAAAAGUUUGUGGUUAGGUGCUGGACCAACUCUGUUACGUGAUGUUCCUUAUUCCAUGGUAUUUUGGUUAACUUACGACUAUAUGAAAUCUGGAUUUAUAAAUAAACAGAUAAAAACAAAUUUGUUGUCGAAUAGUGAACUGCCUGCCAACUUUGACAGAAUCCACUUCUCGCACACAUUUGGUUUUGGAGCAGUUGCUGGUUUUAUUUCUGGCGUAUUAACACAUCCAUUCGAUGUGAUUAAAACUCACAGACAAGUAGAUUUCGGAAAGCAUUCGUUUGCAUUUAAUCAUCUUCACCCAACAUCAACGUGGACAUCACUGCAUAAUUUGUAUAUCAAAAAUGGUCUUCCUGCCUUGUUUUCUGGUUUUACACCUAGACUCAUUAAAACAACCAUCGCUUCUGCAAUAAUGAUUGCAGUCUUUGAAAGUUUAAAAGAAAAAGUUGUAAAUAUUGGAUCAAGUUAAAUGAAGAAAACAAAAAAUUAGGUCUCUGCAUGUGUCAACUUAUUUUUUUUUUGAAAAAUUCUUCACAUUGUCUUCAUCUAAGUUUACUGUUACACAAAACUACAUUGAUCAUCUUAUUUUGUACCAUGUUUUAGAUUUUAGCGACAACAUUAAAUAAAAUGAUUUUAGUCC